AUGCCGAAUGAAUCCUGGCUUCCCAAAAAUAUCUUGAACAUCAUAUUGGGACAUUCGGCGCUAGAUCCAUACCAGUGGGGAGGGAUUACAGUGAGAGGUAUUGUGGAAGCCAUUAGAGAAUUACAAAGGCAAUAUCCUCGUGAGGGUAUACAGUUACCAGGCUGUAGAGAACCUUGGAGUGAAGAGGACGGCGAAAUACUUACAAAAUAUAACCAAGGAAAAUUUUGGGAACAUGGUAAUUUUCGCGAAGUUGAAGCACAAGAUGCAAGAAAACUAGCAGAAAGUCAGCGACAAGCUAGUAACUCUGAAGGCAUCUCGUAUUCUGCGAGAACCUAUCAAGAGGGAGUUUACAAUACUGGAACCCAACAGCAAGGGACCUAUGAAAGUGGAGCUUACAAUGCUGGAAUUCAGCAUCCGGGAGCUUAUGCACAGGGAGCCUACAACACUGGAAUCCAGCAGCCAGGCACUUAUGAAAGCGGAGUCUACAAUACUGGAGUCCAGCCAGGGACCUAUGAAAGCUGCCCCUACAGUGCUGGGGUUCAGCAUCCGCAAACCUAUAAUACUGGAACCCAGCAGCAAGGAACCUACAAUACUGAAAACCAGCAGUCAGGAACCUACGGAGGGGGAGCCUACAAUGCUGGAGCUCAGCAUCCGGGAACUUACAAUACUGGAGACCGGUAUUGGGGGACCUAG